AUUUAAAUCGGUUCAGUUCCAUUUAGCUCCGACUCAAAGCAACACGUGCAACGGAAAGCAUUCUGGGUUUAUAUUGUUUUUCAGAGGUUUUCUAAAAGAAACAAACCUGCAAAAUGCUGGAGGAGAUGAAGCAAAUGAGGAGCAUGCCGGUGCUUAGCAAUUCGCGGCCAGAGUUCAAGGAGAUACCCAAAAAGCUAAACAGGCACCUGGCCAACUUGGGAGCACCCCAUGUGGACUCCUUCGACGAGAUGUUGACCGUGGGACUGGACUAUGUGGCCAAACAUAUGAUUCCCAUCCACUGGCAGAGUCCUGCCGGCGAAAAGAUUUCGAUGAAAGUGGAAUCCAUUUGGAUAGCGAAGCCACAGGUGCCGCAGGAUGUGAUUGAUGUGCGCACCCGAGAGAUUUAUCCCACGGAUUCAAGGCAACUCCAUGUUUCCUACUCGGGCAUGUGCUCUGUAAGAUUAGGCUGGAGUGUCAAUGGAGUAGAAAAGUCCCCCAUAAACAUGGAUCUGGGCGAAUUGCCAAUAAUGCUGCGUUCCAAGGCCUGCAACCUGGGACAGGCUUCCCCGAAAGACAUGGUUAAGCAUGGCGAACACGACAGCGAGUGGGGCGGAAUCUUUGUGAUCCGGGGAAAUGAGAAGAUCGUGCGCAUGCUGAUCAUGACCAGGCGGAACCAUCCCAUCUGCGUUAAACGCUCUUCCUGGAAGGAUCGUGGCCAGAACUUCAGCGACCUGGGCGUGCUGGUGCAAACAGUCCGCGAGGAUGAAUCGUCUUUGAGUAAUGUAUUGCACUUUUUGAACAAUGGAACAGCCAAAUUUAUGUUCUCCCAUGUCAAGAGGCUGUCCUAUGUGCCCGUUUGCCUUAUAUUAAAGUGCCUAAUGGAUUACACGGACGAGGAAAUAUACAACAGAUUAGUACAGGGCUAUGAAUCCGAUCAGUACUACGUGUCCUGCGUGCAGAGCAUGCUGAGGGAAGUGCAGAACGAGAAUGUCUAUACCCAUUCUCAGUGCAGGAGCUUCAUUGGCCAUCUCUUCCGUUCCCGCUUCCCAGAAGUUCCAGAAUGGCAACCUGAUGAGGAUGUCACAGAUUUUAUUCUCAAGGAAAGAGUAAUGAUUCACCUGAAUACCUAUGAGGAUAAAUUUCAGUUGAUCGUGUUCAUGGUGCAAAAACUCUUCCAAUGCGCCCAGGGGAAACACCGAGUGGAAAACGUCGACUCGGCGAUGAUGCAGGAGGUGCUGCUGCCAGGACAUCUUUACCAGAAAUACCUAGGUGAACGCGUUGAGUCCUGGGCUCUACAGGUGCGCCGUUGUCUCCAAAAGAAGCUGACCACCCCGGAUGGCCUGCUGACCAGUGCCGUGAUGACCCAGUGCAUGCGACAAGCAGGCGGAGUUGGUCGCUCCAUGGAGUCCUUCCUGGCCACGGGAAAUAUUGCCAGUCGAACUGGGCUGGGACUGAUGCAAAACAGCGGAUUGGUCAUCAUGGCGGAGAACAUUAACAGGAUGCGUUACAUGUCCCAUUUCCGAGCCAUUCACCGUGGCUCCUACUUUACAACAAUGAGGACCACGGAAGCGCGACAGCUGCUCCCGGAUGCCUGGGGCUUCAUUUGUCCCGUCCACACUCCUGAUGGUACGCCCUGCGGUCUGCUGAACCAUUUGACACUGACCUGCGAAAUCUCCAAGCGCCCGGAUCCAAAGUUGGUGGAUGUCAUACCAUCACAGCUGAUAGAGAUGGGAAUGCUGCCGUUGUCUAACCAAAGUGAGGCGGAGGCCAAACUUUACGUGGUCUUCCUGGAUGGCAAACACCUGGGUCACAUUCAUCAAUCAGAUGCCUCCAAAAUAGUCGAAGAUUUGCGCCACGGAAAGAUAUUUGGCACCCUUCCUCAAAUGAUGGAGAUUGGCUUUAUACCGUUCAAGAAAAACGGUCAGUUCCCGGGACUUUAUCUUGCAACAGGACCUGCCAGGAUGAUGAGGCCCGUUUGGAACCUGAAGUGGAAGAGGGUGGAGUAUAUUGGCACACUGGAACAGCUGUACAUGGAGAUUGCCAUCGACCAGAAGGAGAUGUACCCUGAUUUUACCACCCAUCUGGAGUUGGCCAAGACGCACUUCAUGAGCAACCUGGCUAACUUAAUUCCCAUGCCGGACUACAAUCAAUCGCCUCGUAAUAUGUACCAGUGUCAGAUGGGAAAACAAACGAUGGGAACCCCCUGCUUAAAUUGGCCCAAGCAAGCGGCCAAUAAGUUGUACCGCCUGCAGACGCCAGCAACGCCCCUUUUCCGGCCUGUUCACUACGAUAAUAUUCAGAUGGAUGACUUUGCCAUGGGCAGCAAUGCCAUAGUGGCUGUCAUUUCCUACACCGGCUAUGACAUGGAAGACGCCAUGAUCAUCAACAAGUCAGCCUACGAGCGAGGAUUCGCCUAUGGAAGUAUCUACAAAACGAAGUUUGUGACGCUGGACAAGAAGAGCAGCUACUUUGCCAGGCACCCGCACAUGCCGGAGCUGGUUAAACAUCUGGACACAGAUGGCCUUCCACAUCCCGGCUCUAAACUGAGUUAUGGUUCCCCGCUAUACUGCUAUUUUGACGGCGAGGUAGCCACUUAUAAAGUGGUGAAAAUGGAUGAAAAGGAGGAUUGCAUGGUCGAGAGCAUCCGGCAGUUGGGAAGCUUCGAUUUGACGCCCAAGAAAACGGUGGCCAUAACCCUGAGGAUUCCACGACCUGCCACAAUUGGCGAUAAGUUUGCGUCGAGAGCCGGUCAGAAGGGUAUUUGCUCACAGAAAUAUCCCGCCGAGGAUUUGCCCUUUACCGAAUCGGGCUUGAUCCCAGACAUUGUGUUCAACCCCCACGGUUUCCCCUCCCGUAUGACAAUUGCCAUGAUGAUCGAAACGAUGGCGGGCAAGGGGGCAGCGAUCCACGGCAACGUUUACGAUGCCACCCCUUUCCGCUUUUCCGAAGAGAACACGGCCAUUGAUUACUUUGGCAAGAUGCUGGAGGCCGGAGGCUACAACUACUACGGUACGGAGAGAUUGUAUUCGGGAAUAGAUGGCCGCGAGAUGACGGCGGACAUUUUCUUCGGAGUGGUCCAUUACCAGCGCCUCCGGCACAUGGUGUUCGACAAGUGGCAAGUGAGAUCAACGGGAGCCGUGGAGGCCCGCACCCAUCAACCAAUUAAGGGAAGGAAACGCGGUGGCGGCGUGAGAUUCGGAGAGAUGGAACGAGAUGCUUUGAUCUCCCACGGAGCCGCCUUUCUGCUGCAGGAUCGUUUGUUCCACAACUCGGACAAAACGCACACGCUGGUGUGUCACAAGUGUGGUUCCAUUCUGGCGCCACUGCAGCAGAUCGUGAAGCGGAACGAGACGGGAUUACUCUCAUCGCAGCCCGAUACGUGUCGCCUGUGCGGGGACAGCAGUUCGGUUUCCAUGAUCGAGAUCCCCUUCUCCUUCAAGUUCCUGGUAACCGAACUCAGUUCGGUCAACAUCAAUGCCCGGUUUAAGCUGAACGAGAUUUGAGUUGAAUCUAAGAUUAAUAUUGUUAGCCUUUAU